GGGAGGAGUGUGUGUGUGAGUGUGUAUGUAUGUGUGUGUGAACGCGGGAGAGAGAGCGAGAGAAGAGAAGCGAGGGUGGGGGGAACAGGGAAAGAAGAUUUUCUCUAUGUAUAUAAAGAUGGCCACGUUAGCAAACGGACAAGCAGACAAUAGCAGCCUGAGUAGCAAUCACACCAACCCCAGCACCAACGGGCACAUGAACGGAUUAACCCACAGUCCCGGAAACCCAGCCACCAUCCCCAUGAAGGACCACGAUGCCAUUAAGCUCUUCAUUGGGCAGAUCCCCCGCAACUUGGACGAGAAGGACCUCAAGCCGCUCUUCGAGGAGUUCGGCAAGAUCUACGAACUGACGGUGCUGAAGGACAGGUUCACCGGCAUGCACAAAGGCUGUGCGUUCCUAACAUACUGCGAAAGGGAGUCUGCCCUGAAGGCCCAGAGUGCACUGCAUGAACAGAAGACACUGCCAGGGAUGAACAGACCAAUCCAGGUGAAGCCAGCGGACAGCGAAAGCCGAGGAGAAGACAGAAAACUCUUUGUGGGGAUGCUCAACAAGCAGCAGUCAGAAGAUGACGUGCGCAGGCUAUUCGAGGCUUUCGGGAACAUUGAGGAGUGCACAAUCCUCCGGGGACCCGAUGGCAACAGCAAAGGGUGUGCAUUUGUGAAAUACUCCUCGCAUGCAGAGGCCCAAGCAGCCAUCAACGCCUUGCAUGGCAGCCAGACAAUGCCGGGGGCCUCCUCGAGCCUGGUGGUGAAGUUUGCAGACACGGACAAGGAGCGUACCAUGAGGCGCAUGCAGCAAAUGGCAGGACAGAUGGGCAUGUUCAACCCCAUGGCUAUCCAGUUUGGAGCGUACGGCGCCUACGCACAGGCACUGAUGCAGCAGCAGGCGGCUAUCAUGGCAUCCGUGGCGCAAGGGGGCUACCUGAAUCCCAUGGCAGCCUUCGCCGCAGCCCAGAUGCAGCAGAUGGCAGCGCUGAACAUGAACGGCCUUGCUGCAGCUCCCAUGACGCCAACCUCAGGUGGGAGCACACCUCCUGGCAUCACUGCACCGGCUGUGCCUAGCAUCCCGUCCCCAAUCGGGGUGAAUGGUUUCACUGGCCUCCCACCGCAGGCUAAUGGGCAGCCCACCGCAGAAGCUGUGUUCGCUAAUGGCAUCCACCCUUACCCAGCACAGAGCCCCACUGCAGCAGACCCCUUGCAACAAGCCUACGCUGGAGUGCAGCAGUACGCAGGUCCUGCUUAUCCUGCUGCUUAUGGCCAGAUUAGCCAAGCGUUUCCACAGCCGCCUCCCAUGAUCCCACAGCAACAGAGAGAAGGACCAGAGGGCUGUAACCUGUUUAUCUACCAUCUGCCCCAGGAGUUUGGGGAUGCUGAGCUGAUGCAGAUGUUCCUGCCUUUCGGUAAUGUCAUCUCCUCGAAAGUGUUUGUGGAUCGGGCGACAAACCAAAGUAAAUGCUUUGGGUUUGUGAGUUUUGACAACCCCGCCAGUGCCCAGGCUGCCAUCCAGGCUAUGAAUGGUUUCCAGAUUGGCAUGAAGAGGCUGAAGGUGCAGCUGAAGAGGCCGAAGGAUGCUAACCGCCCCUACUGAAGAGUUGUGGGAACCGCUGGAUACACAUGACUAGCACAGAGCCAGUCAAAUCCACCACAGUCUCGAGCUGAGCUAGGAAAAAAGUUCACGUAAUGACAUGAAAGUGGAGAAUACAGUCCCCCAGUCCGGCAGCAGCUGAAUGGGCCACACUUAGAAAAAAAUAUAUAUAUAUAUUUUAAAAAAACAGGAACUGUUGGAUUACACCUUUGACAUAUCAGCAAAUAUCAAUCAAGCUGAAGACUUCAGACUUAUUCUCUCUUUGAUUGUUUAGACCGUAACAUUUCUUCAAGAAAAGUAUCACGUCUGCUGACUUCGAAGGACACAGGCUGGAAACAAACAAAAAUUAAUAAAUAAAUCAGAACAGGAACAAGAUCAACCCGGAUUUCUGAAGAGACAUUGAUAUCACCACAGCGGCUUUUCUCCAAACAGGAAAUGCAAACCUGGAUAUGGACAAAGGAGUGCCUGUUUGCCACCAAGGAUGCGGCUACCAUGUUGACCCCAUGGUAAUGGUCACUGAGCAUCUUUAUCUGUCAUUCCUUAGCUAUAUAGGGACCAAAGGACAAAACUUUUUAUUGCAGACUUGUAGCUGUAUGUAAAAUAUGGAAGUUCUUUGCUUUUCUCUGAGCUGUUCCUAAAACAGUUUUUGAGAGCAAUUAUAUGAAAUAUGUAAAAAUUAAAAAAAAAUGCUUAAAUGCUUUUAAAAUGGCAAGAUAAUAGUUCUUUGAUACUUUGGGAGGUUCUUUGGUUAUACAUUAAUUAGAAUCUAUGAAACUUUCAUAUGGUUUUCUGUAUAAUACGUAAGGAUCGCGCUGCUCAAAGCAGGUAAGAUGACGUCUGUGAAAAGCAAAAAAAAAAAAAAAA